AUAAUCAAUCUUGAAGACUUGGACACUAAAAAAUUGUUUACAGAAAGUGAGAGAAACAAACUACCAAGAGUUAAUGAAUGGUUUGCAAAAUCUCUAAUAAGAUUUUCAAAUGUUAAAACAACUAAAGAACUUAAGAAUGUAUUAGAAACCACUUACAAAAAUAAUAAUAAACCUUAUAACAGAAAUAAACACUAUAAUUCAGAGUGGGCCAAGCUUGUUAUGCAAAAAUUGUAA